AUGUCUACACCUAAAGAUUACAGCAGCCAGUCCUACUCCCCCGGGAGUACAGGACCGGCCAAAAGCUACCCGACCAACAAAAUCGACCCGACGGGAAAAUCCAGGGAGAAGGACGACAUGGUUGGACUCAAUGACAAGUUCAUCAGGUUGAUCGACAAGGUGAAACACCUGGAGGAUGAGAACAAAAAGCUCGACAUGAAGCUGAAGAUCCUCAAGGAGCAGGAGGACUAUGACGGGAAGAUCAACGACAUCGUCAAGCAGCUGGAGGACGAGAUGGAGCAGCAGAUCGAUAAAUUGCUCCAGGACCAAGAAAAACUGCGGGCUGAGCUGCACAAGAACCUGGAGGAGGUGGACGACACCAAGAAAAGGUAUGAGGACGAGUUGAAAAAGAAAGCUGAACUGGAGAAUGAGUUUAUCAUCAGAAAAAAGGAGUCAGACGAAGGUCACUUGAAGGCAGUAGAUCUGGCUCUGGAGUUGGAGGACCUGAUGGGAAAACUGGAUUUCCUCAGGGUUGGCUAUGAUGAGGAGAUCAAGGAGCUGGAGUCACAUGUCCAGAAUGAGACAGUGGUCUUACAUGACAACAGCAAACGGUCUCUGGACAUAGAUGACAUCAUCGAAGGCGUCAAGAAUCAGUAUGCCAACAUGGCCGCACGCACCAAGGAAGAAGCCGAGCGGUGGAACCAGAAAAAGAUGGAAGCCAUGGUCUCUAGUGUAGGACAGCGUGAGCAGGAAGUGCGUGAGUUAAAGAGGGACAUCUCAGACAUGGUGCGCCACAUCCAGAGGCUCAACGGGGACCUGGAUGCUCUCUUAAGGAAGGAAGAGUCCAUGAAGAACGAUAUUAGUGACGUAAGGACAGACGGCGACAACAACCUGGAGAAGGCCCGGGAGGACAUCAGCCAGCUGGAGAAGGCCUUGAGGCAGGCCAGGCAAGACUUGGCCGGACAGAUCCGUGAACACCAGGACCUGAUGAACCUCAAGCUGGCCCUGGACAUCGAGAUCGCCACCUACCGCAAACUGCUGGAGGGCGAGGAGCAGAGAAUGAACUACCUAAUGCGCCACGCAGACGUUCACCUACCAAAGAAGCCACAAGCCCCAGAACCCAGCUUUAUCCCGGCAGACAUCUUUAUCCCGGCAGACAUCUUUAUCCCGGAAACGAUCUUCAUCCCGGCAGACACCGUUAUCCCACCAGUGUACCCUAACUCCAAGAAACGACUGCUGAUCCGGGUGGAAGUGGAGGCAGGCCGAGUUGUCUCUGAAAGCUCCCAUUACACUCAAGAUUGACUGACACUGUCCAUCAGUCCUAUGUCUGCAGCAUUACAGUAUAUCCACAAAAUGCGAAUUAAAAAAGUUCAAAUGAAAUGAAAUUAAGUUAUAUUAAACGCUUCAAGAAUCGUCUUGAAAGUGGCUUUUAACGCAAUAAUCAUUAUCCUUCGUUUGUGUGCCUUCUGGUAGAGUGAACAGUCUAACAGCAGGUUAAGCGUUUUUCUUAGAAUCUGUGCUUGAAGUUGGAGACAUUUUGCUUAUGUAAAGUUUUCAAAAAGGUUUUCUUAUCUUUGUUUGCAUUUGACUUGUGGUGUUUCUGGUACCAUCAGUGUAUUUUAUCAGCUUACUUGCAGUUAUUUCUCUCAUACCUUUGUGAGCUAAAUAGGAAUAAGAUUUUGUCUUUGUGAAAAAGAAAACCACCUAUCUAACAGUAUCUUGCCAAGAGUUAGAUGGGAAGAUUGAUACCACUCUCACUAUCUGUACAGUAAAUAUGUACCUGGAGCCAGGAGAUGGUUAGAUUAGCUUAGCAUGAAGCUUGGAAAGAGGGGGGAACAGCUGGCCUGACUCUGUCCAAAGGUAACCUUUAAAACUUACUUAUUUACACUGUGUAUCUCGCUUGUUUAAUCUGUACAAAAACCAAAGUGUAAAAAUGACAAUUUGCUAUUUGGCAAAUGCAUGCGGCCACGAGUAGUCUGACACAUAACCCCACAUAAAACAGUAAAUGGACAUUUUUACACUACACCGAUUAAACGACCAAGAUACAACCUGUCAAUUAAUACGCUUUGGAGGUGCUGGUAGGCAGAUUUGUUACCUUUGGGCAUGGCCAGGCUAGCUGUUUCCCCCUGUUUCCAGUCUUUAUGCUAAGCUAAGCUAACAGGCUGCUGGAUCCAGCGACAUAUUUAACAUAGAGAUUUGAGAGGGGUAUCAAUCUUCUCAUUUCUCUCUCGGAAAGAAAGCAAAUAAGCGUAUUUCCCAAAAUGUUGAAUCCAGACCCAAUUUGGGCACAGUGUGUUUGUUAGAUAAAAAAAAAGUCAGAGGCUUUCUACUUGAUAAAGAUAGCAGUCAGUCAUUAGGAGCUGGAGCCAGACAGCCUCAUCCUGUCUUCAUUUUUUCCUCCUCCUCCUCCUCCUCUUCUCCCGGAUCUCCUCUGUCAUCCGGACACAUAUGUACACAAUAUACCCUGACCCCAUGAUGAUAUCCCAGCUCUACUAAUGUUCCACAACAGUUCAGACCUUGUUUGCUCUUUAAUUUGAUUUAAGUCUGCUUUUCCUCUUCAGCUCGCCUUUGCUGGCUAUCUCUUUUCCACCCACAUAAUAUAUGUUCCUAUUUUAUAUAGUCUAUGGUAUGUACACAUGUAAAACCACAUUUUGAUUGGGGAAACAAAUAGCAUAACAUAUUCUGUGUUUAAUCAAGUCUCAAAUAAAAAUCUCAUUUCCCUUGAAGGGAUCUUUACAGUAAAUAAAACUUUUAGUCUUCAUAUACAAGUGUUUAUAAGCAGCAGAUGUUUCUCUGAAACAUAAGCCUGCUUUUACUGUAUUUAACUGUAUUAACUUUCUAAAUAUGGCAGAAACUGGAAACAAAUUUCCAACUUUAACAUGCAAACUUGCUUUUUCACUUCAUGUCUCUUUCCUGCGUGUUCUUGCUGAAGCCUUAAUCUCUUCAUGUCUUGUAGAUGUAUUACGGACUGUGGAUGCAUCCCUCGCCCCUCUUUAGCUUGCAUACCAGUAUAUAGAUAAACACUAAUGAGGGAAGUGGGAGUGGUCAGUAAUUUUAAUCCUGUCCAGAGUGCAUAUGUGGGUAAUUUUUUCACGGCCCCAACCCAGCUACAGGUUGGUACUGGUAUUCUCUUUUGGCUAGUCCUACAAAAUAUCCAUAUCUAUUACAGACCACAUCCUGUAAUUUCACAACGGUUAAAAUGCCAUCCAGAACAAGUAAAAUAACAGAGGAGCACAGUGAAUAAUUUAUUCCCCACCUCCCCUUGUAAUAUUAAUCUUGUCCAAAUGGGGCUUUAGACUUGUUGGAGACAAUGGUUGGUUUUAAAUUUGUCCUGAAAGCAGCACUUACUUACUUAGUCUUCAUCUUUUGAAUUGUGUCUCCCUAUACAGUAAUAUUGUCAGCUAAAUUAUGAAAAUGUAAUGGUAAACCUUACAGACAGAACUUAUAUUUCCAAACCCAGUGUAGUGGUGGUAAAACAAUAGGUGGCCUUAUUUUGGAACACUGAUAAAUAAAUUGUGAAAGAAUCAA